CAGAAUUUUAUGAAUGUAACGUUACACCCCGUGUCAUUCUGGUUGAAUUAGAAUGCUGCAGUAAGCAGUGUAUCAAGCCAAAAAGCAAUAAAUAUUUAAAGUUUUGGCAGAUAUCUUUGUGCAUGACGCAAUGCUGUACUUAGUAGGACUGGGUUUAGGUUCCUUCUCAGAUUUGACAAUGAAGGGUUAUGAUGUACUCAAAAAGUGUGAUUAUGUGUACCUUGAUAGUUACACUUCCAUAUUCUCUGGGGAAGAGUUCAAGGCAUUGGAUAUCAAUGGAAAAUGCAUACUUCCAGCCGAUCGGGAAUUCGUGGAGCAAAGCAGUGAAAUUAUAGAUCGAGCGAAGAACCAUGACGUCGCGUUUCUUGUCGUAGGUGAUCCUUUAGGAGCAACUACACAUAGUGAUAUUAUAUUGAGAGCUGUAGAAAAAAAUAUAUCUUACCAAAUUAUUCACAAUGCGUCAGUUAUAACUGCAGUCGGUUGUUGUGGUUUGCAGCUCUAUAACUUUGGUGCGACUGUAUCAAUCCCUUUGUGGGACGAAUUUGGUCAUCCAGAAAGCUUUUAUGACAAAAUAAUAAUGAAUAUGAAAAGCGGAUUUCAUACUCUAUGUUUGCUGGAUAUCAAGGUAAAGGAGCGUUCUUUGGAAAACAUCCUACGUGACCGCAAAGUCUACGAACCCCCUCGCUUUAUGUCUUGUUGUGAAGCUGUACAUCAAAUAGCGGACGUCAGUAAUAGGAAAGAAGAGGAUCAGCGGAGCAGAGGAAAUAUAGUUAUGACAUCCUGUAUUGUAAUUUGCUUAUCCCGAUUAGGAUGUGAUGACCAGAAAAUCGUUGUUUCGACAAUAAGUGACAUCCAUGAAGCCUACUUGGACUCAGGGGUAAAAGGUCUCGACUUUGGAAACCCACCGCAUAGUAUAAUCAUACCCGGGUUAAUACACGAGCUCGAAUCAGAAUUCUUGGUUGCUCGAUACCGGAUCGGUGUCGAAAGUCAAAAAUUCCUGCCAAUAUUUUACACUACACGAAGAAAUACAGAAAAUGUCCUCGAAAUUUAUCAGGAUUCAAUAAACAUACACAACGAAAUACUUCGCACCAUGCAACAUACGCUUGGUCACACUUAGUAAUAUAUACCACUUAUGUGAUUAUAAAAUAUCUUGUGCUCUAUCCUAA